AAAAUCGAUCCUCUCUUGGCUUGUUUGUGGUUCUCGGUGAUCCCUGUUUCUCUCUUGUUUCUCUAGGUUUAGUGUUCUUCACCGGCCUGUUCCUCUUACUGCGCUAUUACUCGUCCAUAGCUAUCUCUUGUCCGUCCUGCCGAAGGUUUUCCCAUUUCCGUUGGUUUUGUAGAUUUGUUUAUCGUCAAAGAUGUUUGGGAGAGCACCGAAAAAGAGUGACAAUACCAAAUACUAUGAAAUCUUAGGUGUCCCAAAUAGUGCAUCGCAGGACGAUCUGAAGAAAGCCUACAGGAAAGCUGCCAUCAAGAAUCAUCCUGACAAGGGAGGUGAUCCUGAAAAGUUCAAGGAGCUUGCCCAGGCUUAUGAAGUUCUAAGUGACCCAGAGAAGCGUGAGAUUUAUGACCAAUAUGGAGAGGACGCACUUAAGGAGGGAAUGAGUGGUGGAGGUGGAGGCCAUGACCCAUUUGACAUCUUCCAGUCGUUCUUUGGUGGAAGCCCUUUUGGUGGUGGUGGUGGAAGCAGUAGGGGUCGCAGGCAAAGGAGAGGAGAGGAUGUGAUCCAUUCCCUUAAAGUGUCAUUGGAUGAUCUCUAUAAUGGGACUUCAAAGAAGCUAUCUCUUUCACGAAAUGUUCUCUGUUCUAAGUGCAAAGGAAAAGGUUCGAAAUCAGGUGCUUCAAUGAAGUGUGCUGGUUGCCAAGGGUCUGGUAUGAAAGUCUCCAUUAGACACCUGGGACCAUCCAUGAUCCAACAGAUGCAGCAUCCCUGCGGUGAAUGUAAAGGUACUGGAGAGAUGAUCAAUGAUAAGGACCGUUGUCUACAGUGCAAAGGUGAGAAAGUUGUUCAGGAGAAGAAGGUUCUGGAAGUAGUUGUCGAGAAAGGAAUGCAACAUGGUCAGAAGAUCACUUUUCCUGGAGAGGCUGAUGAAGCUCCUGAGACUGUGACAGGAGAUAUAGUUUUUGUCCUGCAGCAGAAAGAGCAUCCCAAGUUCAAGAGAAAAGGGGAGGACUUGUUUGUUGAACAUGCCUUGUCACUGACUGAGGCACUUUGCGGUUAUCAGUUUAUUUUGACACAUCUCGAUAACAGACAGCUCCUUGUCAAGUCCCAACCGGGAGAAGUCGUGAAGCCAGAUCAGUUCAAGGCUAUAAAUGACGAGGGAAUGCCGAAUUACCAGAGGCAAUUCAUGAGGGGUAAACUGUAUAUUCACUUCUCAGUUGAAUUCCCGGAUUCAAUGUUGCCUGAACAGUGCAAGGCUUUGGAGAGCCUUCUUCCAGCAAGGCCUGCUUCGAGGCAGGUGACUGAUAUGGAGUUGGAUGAGUGCGAGGAGACGACACUUCAUGAUGUGAACAUGGAAGAAGAGAUGCGAAGGAAGCAACAGCAGGCUCAGGAAGCUUACGAUGAAGAUGAUGACAUGCAUGGUGGUGGGGCUCAGAGGGUCCAAUGUGCCCAACAAUGAGGAGGACAUCAUGAUGAAUCAAAUCAAUUAUGUCUUUAAGAGUUGGUUUUAGGUAUUUUGUUUUGGUUUUUCUGCUUAUUAUUAUAUCCAUUGAAGAAACUUAAAUCACUACUUCACAUCAUCAUCUAUUAUUAUUGGCAAUACUAAUAAUAUUAUUAUUAGUUAUCAUUUCUACUA